CGACUGCUGACGCUCCCAUCAACUCCACCUAGGCUUCUCGCACCAGUGGAGUACCGGAGUCGACAGGAGAGUGCUCGGCGGUUGAUUUAUCGCAUCUUCACUAGACGCAAUAGAUCGACCUCCACUGGAUCGAUCGCUCUGGAGUGGUAAAAAGACUGAAGUCUUCUUGGGUGUCACUCUAGCAGAGUGGUAAAGGACAACAAUGCAGGAAGCAAAGAGAUGUGGAGGAUUUUUUGAUAAAAGAAUGUCAUCAGGUUUCCAAAUAAAAUCAAAGACUGCAAUACAGAAAAACAAGACAUCUUCGUCUCCGUCAUCUAGUUCUCUAGACCUUGCGAUUAAGCCACAACCAAGGCCUAGUGAUAAACUUAACCCCAAAACUAUUGAUCCGGGCUCCUGGUUCAUUCAGUGCACAGAAUUUACAGCAUCACUGAGCGAACAGUUUGGGGAUCAUUCAAAAGCUCCUUCUGCGUUUUCUGCCAUUUAUUCUAAAGGUGGUAUACCUUGCAGGUUGGUUCAUGGCUCAGUAAAACACAAAUUACAGUGGGAAUGUCUUCCUGAAACUCUUCCAUUUGAUCCUCUUCUUAUUACUUUAGCUGAGGGUCUAAGAGAGACAAAACACCCAUAUACAUUUGUAUCAAAGGAGGGCUUUAAGGAAUUACUCUUGGUUGAAGAUGCUACUGAAAAAGCAAUUCCCUUGUUGCCUCGUCUGAUUCCAGUGUUAAAGGCUGCUCUGGCCCAUUCAAAUGGUGAAGUAUUUGAAAGAGGAUUGAAUGCUUUGAUACAGCUGAGUGCCAUUGUUGGCCCUGCUCUUAAUGAUCAGCUAAAACACCUACUCACAAGUAUUUCAAAGAGGUUAAUGGACAAAAAUUUCAAAGAGCAGAUCACUGUUGCGUUACAAAAGCUAGAGCAGUAUGGUGGAAAGGAGAGCGUAGGUAUCAUCAAAUCUAAAAUUCCAACCUAUUGUUCCAUCUCCUCUUGAACGAGAGACUCAUCUAGUCAUUUACACUGCAUGGUGUGGUUGUGGGCGUCAAAAGCUGACUGUGGAUGCUGUUGGAAUUUCCUUAUGGUACAAUUUAUUCUAAUAAAACUAACCACAAACAUUCUGUAAUCUGGUUUGGGAGAAAAAUGAAGGUUAAGUGAAUUGUGUCCAUAAUAUCUUGUAAUUAUGGCAAACAGUUAUAUCAUUUUUAUUAUAUAAAUCUGUUUGUGUAUCCAGUCUUAUAUUAAGUUACAGUCAACAAUUGGUUAUCUACCAUUAAUUGUUUCAGCUGUAAAUGUUAAUUCAUUUUUGCUGUACAUUCUUAUUUCCUUAAAUAAUUCUGCCACACUUACUGUGUUUAUCAGAUGUUACAUAAAAGGUAGAAUUUGAUUGUAAUUAUUAAUUAAGCAGUAACUAACUCCCUGCUAAAGUGCAUAUACAUAUUUAUUUUACAUAGGUAAAACUUGCAGUGAUUUCUUUCCAUGAUGAGGGUUACAGAGAUGAAAAUGUGAGUUUUAUGUUACAAAAGAACUGAUUUAAAACUAGUUGUACAGUGUUGCUCCAGUAGUGUAAAUAGUGUAAAAUAAUCAGGUGUUGAUAUUGGAAUACUGUUUUUCAUAUUCCAUCCCAGUAACCCUUUAUUUUGAAAACUGUCACAUUGGGAACUUAAAUCUUAGCACAGUACUGAAUUAACAGUUUCAUACUUAAUUCAGAUGCAUCUGUUGAAACAGUAAAUCCAUUUGGUUAAAGAAAUGCCUGUAGUCUAGUAUUUUUUAAAAAAACAAAAACAUUCUGCUUGUUUUUCUUUCUUGUAUUUUAUUUUUAUAUAUAGAAUUUUUUCAUUUAUUUUUUGUACAAAAUGUGCACAUUUAGUUUAUGCAAACACACUACAGCAAAUUUCAGGUGUACAUGUAUUGUACUACUCUUAUUCCUACACUGGUGAUAGCAGAGCAGCCUUCAGCAUUCCAUCUCUACACCAGAAUAGAUACCUGAUUUUAUUUUUGCAAAAUAAUGGUUGCAGCAUUCUUUCUACUCCAGUAGCCUCUUCACAUCUUUUGUGCAGAAAUGUCACAAUAAAGAUUGGCAUAUCUUCAGUAGCAUUUCAAAAUAUUGGCCUGGAAUCACUGAAAACAAUAGUAUAGUAAUUUUUAUUACUUAAUUGUGAUGGGGGAAAGAUAAUCCAUUUUAAUCUUUCAAGUGUGUGUACUUAUGUUUUUCUAUGUCCAGAAUUAAAGCUGUUACUACUUUGGUAGAAUUAAUGUUCCUCAAAAAUGUAAUAGUAGUACUGCUUAUAAACAACACUGGGAAUAGCUAAAGUUUCUGCUUCUUUUUCACUCCCUUUUCAUAGUAAACAGAUAUUAGACUGUCUAGAUAUUACUGCAUUCUGAGCACUGAAGUGAGAUGGAAGCUUCAAAAGACCAUUAUCUCCUUUAUUCCUCAUUAAAACCGGUAAGACAUGUACUUCUGGAAAUAAUGGUAAACUUAGAUUUUCUUCACAAAGAAAUUUGAACUCAGGACCUUUUCAGGUCCUUAAUUUUGAGCAGGAAACUUUACUGACAGUCCAACCCGAAUUACACAUACAAUAUAUAGGACUUCAGGUACUCAUUUCAUGAAAAAUUCAUAAAUGCAGAUUUAUUAGGUAAGGAUGAUCUGUUUAAUACCUAUCUGGGGUACAUGUCUAUCUGAGUCAUUACAUUUUUUAUUAUAAAAAAUAUUUCUUCCUCUUAUGUAAAUUAGGUGGGCUUCAGUAAAAGAGGAAAGAAAGCCAAAUAAAAUUGGAUGUUGUUGCAGGAGAUAUGUAUUACUCAUCAACUGUACGAAUCUUUACUCAUAGUAUGCAAAAAUGAGUAUUACACAAUACAGGGUGAUUUCUCUGUAAAACAGAGGUUGACACUUAAAAUCCUGGGGCUGAAUCCAAUACAAACAAGUAUCAAAAACAGCUAUUUCUGAUCUCCUUGUGUUAAAGCCUCUUGGUUGGAAUGGUAAUAAAGCUGUAUAAUGGCAGAUGCUAUGCUAUUUUUGGGAGUUGUGGGGUAAAACCUAAUAUUUUUAGAAUAUCCCAUUGGAUAAAGGACAAAUUAUUACAUCCUAACCUUUGGGUAAUCAUUUUUGGGAGGAAUGCUUUAUAAUAAAACAAAACUUAUUAGCAGAAUACGUGUCUCAGUGUAAAGCUGAGCAAUCCUACAUAUGAUAAAUGUGGCAAAUCCAGCUUUAAGUAAUGUUGCAGAAUAGUUCACAUUUGUCCAUUAAUUGCAGAGUAAACCACA